GAGGCCUGGCGCGGGUUUCAGACCAGAUCUGAGUUUGGUCAUGGCUGUCUAUUUUGACCAUCGUGUAGAAGUCCCAGAUACAGCCAGCUCACCUUCCCACAUCAGCUGGCACCCUGUCCACCCAUUCCUGGCAGUUGCCUCUGUCAGCACAACCUCUGGAGGCAGCGUGGAUGUGUACCUGGAACAAGGUGAGUGUGUGCCUGAUACACAUAUUGAAAGGCCAUUCCAGAUUACUUCCCUGUGCUGGCACCCAACACGGCUGAUCCUGGUUAUUGGCUGGGAAACUGGUGAAGUGAUAGUGUUUAACAAGCAGGACAAGGAGCAGCACGUGGUGCCUUUGACACACACAGCCGACAUUACUGUCCUCAACUGGAGCACCAGUGGGAACUGCCUCCUCUCUGGGGACAGGCUUGGUGUCUUGCUUUUAUGGAGAUUGGACCAAAGGGGUCGGGUCCAGGGGACACCCCUGCUGAAAUACGAGUAUGGGAAACACCUCACUCAUUGCAUCUUCCGGCUACCCCCUCCGGGCACGGACCUGGUUCAGUUGGCGAAAGCUGCUGUGAGUGGCGAUGAAAAAGCCCUGGACAUGUUUAACUGGAGGAAAAGCAGCUUUGGAAGUUUCCUAAAGAUGGGCUCUCCAGAAGGGCUGUCGUUUUUUGUCAGUCUGAUGGACGGGACGGUGCACUACGUGGAUGAGAAGGGCAAGACUGUGCAGGUGGCAUCCACAGGCAGCUCAAUCCAAACGCUGUUCUACAUAGAGAAAAGAGAGGCACUGGUGGUGGUCACAGAGAAUCUUUUGCUAUCUCUGUACGUGGUGACUCCUGAGGGCGAAGCCGAAGAAGUGAUGAAGGUAAAGUUGAGUGGGAAAACAGGUCGGCGGGCAGACAUCACUUUGAUUGAGGGCAGCCUUCUCGUGACAGCCAUAGGGGAAACUGUCCUCAGAUUCUGGGAUUUGGAACGAGGAGAGAAUUACAUACUGAGUCCAGACGAGAAGUUUGGUUUUGAAAAAGGAGAAAAUAUAAACUGUGUCUGUUACUGUAAGGUCAAAGGGCUUCUUGCAGCUGGGACCAAUAAAGGACGAGUAGCCAUGUGGAGAAAAGCACUGGGCACUCCAAGCAACCGAGGUGGGGAGGGCAAGGACAGGUGGACACUUCAAACUCCCACCGAGCUCGAAGGGAACAUUGUGCAAAUAAAGUGGGGCUCCAAGAAGAACCUCCUAGCGGUAAAGAACGUUAGCUCCGUGUCAAUCCUCAGCGAGCAGGCCAUGGCCUCGCACUUCCACCAGCAUGUGGCUGCUGUACAGGUCUCCCCAAGCCUACUCAACGUGUCCUUCCUAUCCACAGGGGGAGCACACAGCCUGCACGUGGACAUGCACAUCAGUGGAGUAUUCACCACCAAGGAUGCUGUUGCCGUCUGGAAUGGAAAACAGGUGGUGAUUUUUGAGCCUUCUGGAACCACUUUACGGAAUGCAGGUACCUUCCUGUGUGAGUCUCCAGUGUUAGCAAUGCAUGAAGAAAACGUUUAUACAGUGGAGCCAAACCGAGUUCAAGUUCGAACCUGGCAGGGGACUGUCAAACAACUCCUCCUUUUCUCUGAGACUGAAGGGAACCCUUGCUUCUUAGACAUAUGUGGAAAUUUCCUGGUUGUAGGGACAGACUUAGCUCAUUUUAAAAGCUUUGAUCUUUCCCGAAGAGAGGCGAAAGUCCACUGCAACUGCAAGAACCUGGCCGAACUGCUCCCCAAUGUGGGGGCCAUCGCCUCCCUCAGAUGCAAUGUCACUGGGAAUAAGAUCAGCAUCCUCCUCAGUGAGGCUGACAACAUCCCUGAUUCCAAAAUCUGCUUCUAUGACGUUGAAAUGGAUACAAUGACUGUCUUCGACUUCAACACUGGACAUAUUGAUCAGAGAGAGACACUGUCCUUUAAAGAGCAAGAGACUCAUAAGAGCUACCUGUUUGCAGAUGAGAGACUGGCAAAUCGUGUUCCCGUGAGCCAUUAUUGGGAUGAGAGUGAGCCCCGGCUUUUCGUGUGUGAAGCUGCAAUGCAAGAAGCACAGAGCACCCAGCUGCAGGCUGCAGACAAGCAGCCCUACGCCAGCCCCACGGCAGAAGUUAUGAUUCUGUCAUUCUUCAUUUCCGAAGAACAUGGUCUCUUGCUUCAUGACAGCUUCCCUCGGCCUUCUGCCUACCAAACUCUUCUGGGGAUGCAAGUGCCCCAUUAUUACUUCACAAAAAAGCCUGGAGAAGGAGACAGAGAAGACAAGUCAGAUUCUGGAUACCAGCAGGUCCCCCAAAUGGUGGCCAGGAGACCCCUGAGAGACUUUAUCGGGCUGGAAGACUGUGACAAGCCCACUCAGGACGCCAUGCUCAACUUUAGCUUCUUUGUCACCAUUGGCGACAUGGAUGAAGCUUUCAAAUCUAUCAAACUCAUCAAAAGGUGA